AUGGCGAAAAAGAGUAAAAAGAAUCAACAAAACUACUGGGACGAGGACUUCGAGGAAGAUGUGCCUCAGAGUGAACAACCACUUGAUUCAACUUCAGAGUCUCCUGUGGAGUCGCAAGAAGGCUCUGCUGCCCCAGAAGAUGGUGAAACUGAAGUCAUUGAAGCCGAUUUCAUGUCCACUUUGAAAAAAUCGAAGAAGAAAUCUGUUCAAAGAAACGAUGACGACAAAGCUGAGAAUGGCGCAAAUAAGCCUGUUUUGAAGUCGAAGAAGGAGAAGGAAAAGGAGAAGAAGGAGGCGGAAAAGCAAAGGAAGAAAGAGGAGGCUCAAAAGAAGAAAGCUCAGCAGCAGGCUCAGAAGGAGAAGAAUAAGGAGCUCAAUAAACAAAAUGCUGAAAAGAUUGCUGCAGAGAAGGAUGCCAAGAAGGACGGUUCCAAUGAGCCAGCUGAUACGAAAAAGGCUUCCAAAAAGCCUGGUAAAAAAGUUCCAGCUGGUAUUGCAGCUUUGAAACGUCAAUUGGAACUCAAGAAGCAAUUGGAAGAAGAAGAGCGUCUUGCUAGAGAAGAAGAAGAGCGUCUAGAGAGGGAAGAACAAGACAAAGCUGAAAAGGUUCUAAAAGAAUUGGAAGAAUCAAGACAAGCAAAGAAAGAAAAAGAGAGACUCAAAAAAGAAAAACUGAAAGCUGAAGGAAAACUUCUAUCCAAGAAACAAAAGGAAGAAAAAAAACUAUUGGAGAGAAGACGUGCUGCAUUACUUGCUUCAGGGAAUGUCAAAGUGGCUGGUUUGAACAAAAUAUCUAAUACCAAUGAAACUGCAAAAUCCAAGAAAAUCGUGUACGGAAAAAAGAAGAAGAAGACUACUGAUGAGCACGAGUCCGAGGUAUCUACUCCGCUAGUUUCCGAAUCAGUAAAAGCAGAAAAAUCUGAUGAAGAAGAAGAGGAUACUUUGAUGGAUGAUUGGGAGAACUUGGCUCUUAAUGAUGAAGAUGAAGAUGAAAAAGAAGCUGUUAAGGAAUCUGCCGAGCAAGAUAUAGGUUCCACAGUAGAAGAAAAUGAAGAAGAGCAAGAACAAGAGUCGCUAAAGACAGUUGAAAACGUAAGAUCGAUUGUUACCGAAGUUUCUGCCCACAGCGUUUCAAAAAAGUCCCCGGCUUCUUCAGGCGAAAAGGAUUUACGUUCACCAAUCUGUUGUAUCUUGGGUCAUGUUGAUACUGGUAAGACCAAAUUGCUGGAUAAAAUUAGACAAACUAAUGUUCAAGGUGGUGAGGCUGGUGGUAUCACCCAACAAAUUGGUGCCACUUACUUUCCUAUCGAUGCCAUCAAGCAAAAAACGAUUACAAUGACUAAAUACGAAAAACAGACGUUUGACGUUCCUGGGUUACUAGUCAUUGAUACACCUGGUCACGAAUCGUUUACCAACUUACGUUCGAGAGGCUCUUCACUUUGUAACAUUGCCAUUCUUGUUAUCGAUAUCAUGCACGGUUUGGAACAGCAGACUUUAGAAUCUAUUAGAUUACUAAGAGAUAGAAAGGCUCCGUUCAUUGUGGCGUUGAACAAAAUCGAUAGAUUGUAUGACUGGAAAUCCAUUCCAAACAACUCCUUUAGAGAUUCAUUUGAGCAACAACCAAGAUCAGUGAAAGAUGAGUUCGAAAAAAGGUUUGAAACCAUUAAGGUGGCUUUGGCUGAACAAGGUUUGAAUUCUGAACUAUAUUUCCAGAACAAAAAUAUGUCCAAAUAUGUUUCGAUUGUCCCAACAUCUGCUGUCACCGGUGAAGGUGUACCAGAUCUGUUGUGGUUAUUACUUGAACUAACACAGAAGAGGAUGUCGAAACAGUUGAUGUAUUUGUCGCAUGUGGAAGCUACAAUUCUUGAAGUUAAAGUUGUCGAGGGUUUCGGUACCACCAUUGAUGUUAUUUUAUCCAACGGUUAUCUAAGAGAAGGAGAUCGUAUUGUCCUGUGCGGUCUAAAUGGUCCUAUAGUAACGAAUAUUAGAGCUCUUCUUACACCACAGCCACUACGUGAACUACGUUUGAAAUCCGAUUAUGUGCAUCACAAAGAAGUAAAAGCUGCGCUUGGUGUCAAAAUUGCAGCCAACGACUUGGAAAAAGCUGUUUCUGGUUCAAGAUUAUUGGUUGUUGGUCCUGAUGAUGACGAGGAAGACCUCAUGGAUGACGUUAUGGAUGAUUUGACUGGUCUUCUGGAUUCCGUUGACACCUCCGGUAGAGGUGUUGUCGUCCAAGCUUCAACUUUAGGUUCUCUAGAAGCGUUAUUGGACUUUUUGAAAGAUAUGAAAAUUCCAGUGAUGUCUAUUGGUUUAGGCCCUGUAUAUAAACGUGAUGUUAUGAAGGCAGGUGCGAUGUUGGAAAAAGCUCCUGAAUUUGCUGUUAUGCUUUGCUUUGAUGUUAAAAUUGACAAAGAAGCUGAGCAAUAUGCCGAACAGGAAAACAUUAAAAUUUUCAAUGCCGAUAUCAUUUAUCAUUUGUUCGACUCUUUCACAGCCUACCAAGAAAGGCUACUGGAGGAACGUCGUAAAGACUUUAUGGAUUACGCCAUUUUCCCAUGUGCUUUGCAAACGUUGCAAAUUAUCAACAAACGUGCUCCAAUGAUUAUCGGUGUUGAUGUCAUCGAUGGUACCGUUCGUGUUGGCACACCAAUAUGUGCCGUAAGAACGGAUCCUACGACAAAGGAAAAGAUCAUCUUACAAUUAGGAAAGGUCACUUCGUUGGAAAUAAACCACCAGCCUUUCAAUGAAGUUAAAAAGGGUCAGACAGCGGCUGGUGUCGCUAUGCGUUUGGAAGAUCCAUCAGGCCAACAGCCUAUUUGGGGCCGCCAUGUCGACGAGACUGAUACACUAUAUUCAAUGAUCUCCAGAAGGUCCAUUGAUACUUUGAAAGAUAAAGCAUUUAGAGAUCAAGUUUCCAGGGCUGACUGGUUAUUGUUGAAAAAACUAAAACCGGUUUUCGGCAUUGAGUAA